AUGAACUUGGGAAGUAUGCUUACAUAUGUGGUGUGAUGGCAUAUCGGUAUAAUUCCUCUCCUUUCACUAAACCCGUCUCCUUUUAAUGAUUUAUUUUACCUUUAUUUUAACAGGCAGGUCGAUUAAGAACACAUUUAUAUUUACAAUGAUGGCCGGUCUCCAAUGACAGCCUCUCCCCUCUCUAGCUCUUGUCCUGUUUUCCCCACCUGCUCCAGCAUGGACCUUGGAGUGACCCAUCGGCAACGCCACAACCCUGUUGACAGCAUCUGUCGUAAACUGCAGAACAUCCAGCGGCACAACCAUGAGGUUAACCCCUCCUCGCCCUUCCAGAUCCCAAAGUUCACGUCCAGCAGCUACGACAGCCCCCAGUCCGGCCUGCGCCACAACCUGGAAGUAAUCCUGAAGAAGCGCGAGAGGGAGGGGAUGUUGACCCCCAAGGGUUCACCCCAGGUUCCCAGGAGCUCCCACUGUCCCACCUCCACACCCGUCCACCCCACCAUGAACCCCCCGACCCCAGUCAAUGCUACGUUCACCAUCACCAGUCAUCCUGGGGAGUGGAGGGGCACGGGGGUGGGGUUUGGAGGGCAAGGGAGAGGAUGGCAGAGGAACUGCUCCACCCCAGCUGUCCAGACUGGAGACAUGUUUUUCAACUUCUCUCAUGGUCCCCAGUUUACUCAGCCUGAGGCGGGGACAGGGACACGGUCAGACAGCAGUGCGAGGCACAAGAUCCCGUCUCUGUCCCACACUCACACACCCGCACACAGCCUGCUGUCCUACAACCUCAACUUCUGCUCGUCAGACUCCACGGCCAACCUGCUGCAGUGUGAGCUGCCUUACCCGGCCCUGGUUGUCAAGAGACUGUCCAUGGGAGACGGUAGGGGGAAUACACACACACACAGAGGGUCACAGUGGGAUUACGAAAGCACUGCUUAGUUCUUAGUGAACAAUGAUAUAGACUAUUGAUCACAGGAGGUUAAGAGCAUUCCUCAGGCCUCUCACAUACUCUAUUCCAUUCACCAUCUCUUACGUCACACAUUAUCCACAUGUUAUUAUUACAUUUACAUUUAUGUUGCCUCAAGGAAAGUUAUGCAACUGACAGAAGAAGAAUCGUGUUUAUUGGCCACUGAUGAAGUGGCCAUUGGCCGGUGUAGUUACAGAAAGUGUGUGUGUGUGUGUGUAGGAGCCAUGUUCUCCUCAGAGAACCAGAAGGAGAUGAAGGCUGAGGUCAGUCUGAUCUGUGAAGAGGAUUUAUUAGACACCAUUUUCCACGCUUGUGACACCCAGCGCAGAGGUAAACACACACACACACACAGACACAGUAUUAAACUCUCAAAGUAUCAAAUAUACGCUGAGCACAGAAGUCAACUUGCAUACACACUCAAAAUAUCAAAUAUAGCACAUUCUGGAGUGCACACUCAUCUACCCAGACUCACAGUAUCGAACACACACAGUAUGAGUCUCAUACACUCUCACUGUGAUAAUUCUUUGGAAAAAAAAAAGCUGUCAAUCAAUUGCUCCACUGAGUUGUAGCCAGGUCUGCUUUCUUUUCUUUGUUUCUGAAGCAGUCAAUUAUGUGAUACAAGUGCUCUAGAUUCCUUAUGGGUGGUUCUCUCUUUACAAUCCUGUCAGUCUCCCCACCCCUCCUGUCUUAUGUUGCCUCCUCCUGAGCUGAUUGGCCUGUGGCAAUGGAGGAACAGGGCGUUCUUUAAGAAAUCCUCUAGUGUGAUCCCUUUAUCUCUGCUCUGCGGUCUGUAGUGCCUAGUCGUUCGGCUUGCAUCCCAGAGGAAGCUUGUGGAUUUCUAGUAGUUUUAUCUCUGUGGUUUAGGGUUUACUGAAGGUUAGGUUCUGGAGGCCUACACUUGACCCCCGUUGUGUGGAGGUUACACAGCUUUUUCAGUCUAAGGUUUGAGUGUAAACACCUUGUUUGUUUACUAAAAGCUGUUACUGAAGAACCUCAGGCGGAGGUAGGAGAUUGCUAUGACGUCUGGGCAUGGGGAGGUCCCUGACCGUGCUAGUCACCAGACUGACCACAGUAACCCGGUAAAUGACUAUGGUAAAGACCGUAACCUGGCCCCUCCCUCCUCCUGCUCCUUCAGGUAAGGUGUACGUGUCUCGUAUUGUGGAUUACCUGCGUCACACCACCAGCCGGGGUUCUGAGGACAGUGGGCUGGAAGACCUGUGUAAUAUGCUGGACCCGGAGCACAAAGAUGUCUCUAUUGACCUGGACACCUACCACGCCAUCAUGAAGGAGUGGAUAGAUGACUGCAGAAAGAAUGGGUACUAGAGCUGUUUUCUAUGCGUGUCCACCAAAUGGCACUCUAUUCCUUUUAUAGUGCAGUACUUUGGGCCAGGGCUCUGGUCAAACGUAGUGCACUAUAUAGCAGUGCAUGUCAUCUUGUCAGCUGUUUGCCUGUAGAGGGUGCUGUGUUCUAAUUCAUGUGUUCUGUCACAUGGGCAAAUGGAUACCAAUUUUGCAGCCGAUUAUUCUUAUCAAAGAGCUUGCUGUUUAUUAGAUAAGCUUUUGUAACAGAUACAUGAACUACUGCUGUCCUGGCUGUGUGUGAGUAAGUCUGUGAUAUUGGGUGUCUGUGUAAUGUCAUGUUUCUGGGUGUCUGUCUCCUUGUCGUCUUCACAGGGACGACACACCAGAGGACUUGACUCAAGAGUCUGUCAGACUCCGAGACAGCCUGUCAGGUGAGUUGAUACAGACAGACAUAUAAGAGACAUUAGAGGACUAAUCAAAGAAAAGGAUGACUGUUCUGAGGGGUGAAGGUUUUCCGGUUGUACGUUUUCUCUUGUACCAUGCCUCCAAGUAGCCAUGUUUCUCGCUGUCUCUCUGUCUCUCUUUCUCUCUGUCUGUGUCUUCUCCAUCUAAAAUAACGUCUCAUCGUUUUAGCAAAAAUAUGUAUUUUCUCUCUCUUUAAGCAUAGAUCAUUUCUCACCUUGUCUCUCUCUGUCUUCUCUCCGUCAGCUAAGAGGUCUGUCCUGCUGAACAUGACCUCAGGCAGUCUGGAGGCAUUUGGAGGGGAGGUGUCUCGAGCAGAUCUGUAAGUAAUGCUUGUGUUCGUGUGUGCGUGCAUGACUUUGUCCAAUUGUACAUUUUACUAACCGUGUUUUACCCUGUAUGUGACUGCAUCUGUUCAUGUGUAUGCUCCUACUCAGUGAGACGUCAGACCUGGUGUUCUGUGUGGCCGACCUGCAGUUCAAUAACCAGAAGCUUCAGGAGGAGGUGAGGAAGCUGAAGCAGAGCGUGGAGACCAUGGAGGACCAGAACCAGAAACUAGCAGAGGAAAAUGAGGAGCUCAAGUCACAGGCCAGACUGUAUGUAUUGUACACACACACCAACCGAUGCAGACACACACACAGUCACACAUACACAAACUCUUUAAAUGCUUACCUUCCUAUUCCACCUUGUCUUAAUUUAAUCUCUUAUUAGGCUCCACACACACACACAUCCCCAAGUGUAACGUCCCUCUCUCCCCCCUGUAGAGGCCAGCAGCUGGUCCAGAAGGAGAAGAUGUUGAAGGAGGAGGUGGAGGAGAUGAAGAUGAGUCUGAGCUGUACAGAGGAGGGCAGGGCCAGGGCCUCGGCUCAGAGCAAACAUAUGGUAUAUAUACACACCCUCACACUUCAUCUUCACUGUCAUGCUAUUCAACGAUCUACACUGAACAAAAAUAUAAACGCAACAGCAUCAAAGAUUUUACUGAGUUACAGUUCAUAUAAGGAAAUCAGUCAAUUUAAAUAAAUUCAUUAGACUGGGAAUACAGAUAUGCAUCUGUUGGUCACAGAUACCUUAAAGGAAAGGUAGGGGCGUGGAUCAGAAAACCAGUCAGUAUCUGGUGUGACCACUAAUUGCUUCAUGCAACACGACAUAUCUCCUUCGCAUAGAGUUGAUCAGGCUUUUGAUUGUGGAAUGUUGUCCCACUCCUCUUCAAUGGCUGUGCGAAGUUGCUGGAUAUUGCCGGGAACUGGAACACGCAGUCGAUCCAGAGCAUCCCUAACAUGCUCAAUGGGUGACAUGUCUGGUGAGUAUGCAGGCCAUGGAAGAACUAGGACAUUUUCAGCUUCCAGGAAUUGUGUACAGAUCCUUGCGACAUGGGGCCGUGCAUUGUCAUGCUGAAACAUGAGGUGAUGGUGGCUGAUGAAUGGCAUGACAAUGGGCCUCAGGAUCUCGUAACGGUAUCUCUGUGCAUUCAAAUUGCCAUCGAUAAAAUGCAAUUGUGUUCAUUAACUUUGACAUCAGCAAACCACUCGCCCACAAAACGCCAUACUCUGUCUGCCAUCUGCCCGGAGUCAUCUGUGAAGAGCACACUUCUCCAGCGUUCCAGUAGCCAUCGAAAGUGAGCAUUUGCCCACUGAAGUCGGUUACAACGCCGAACUGCAGUCAGGUCAAAACCCUGGUGAGGACUACGAGCAUGCAGAUGACCUUCCCUGAGAAGGUUUCUGAGAGUUUGUGAAGACAUUCUACGGUUGUGCAAACCCACAGUUUCAUCAGCUGUCUGUGUUAGGUCUCAGAUGAUCCCGCAGGUGAAGAAGACUGGAUGUGGCGGUCCUGAGCUGGCGUGGUUACACAUGGUCUGUGGUUGUGAGGCUGGUUGGACAUACUGCCAAAUUCUCUAAAACGACGGAGGCGGCUUAUGGUAGAGAAAUUAACAUUACAUUCUCUGGCAAUAGCUCUGGUGGACAUUCCUGCAGUCAGCAUGCCAAUUGCACGCGCCCUCAACUUGACACAUCUGUGGCAUUGUGUGACAAAACUGCACAUUUUAUUGGCCUUUUAUUGUCCCCAGCACAAGGUGCACCUAUGUAAUAUCAUGCUGUUUAAUCAGCUUCUUGAUAUGCCACACCUGCCAGGUGGAUGGAUUAUCUUGGCAAUGGAGAAAUGCUCACUAACAGGGAUGUACAGUUGAAGUCAGAAGUUUACAUACACUUAGGUUGUAGUCAUUUAAAACUUGUUUUUCAACCACUCCACAAAUUUCUUGUUAACAAACUAUAGUUUUGGCAAGUCGGUUAGGACAUCUACUUUGUGCAUGACACAAGUCAUUUUUCCAACAAUUGUUUACAGACAGAUUAUUUCACUUAUAAUUCACUAUCACAAUUCCAGUGGGUCAGAAGUUUACAUACACUAAGUUGACUGUGCCUUUAAACAGCUUGGAAAAUUCCAGCAAAUUAUGUCAUGGCUUUAGAAGCUUCUGAUAGGCUAAUUGACAUCAUUUGAGUCAAUUGGAGGUGUACCUGUGGAUGUAUUUCAAGGCCUACCUUCAAACUCAGUGCCUCUUUGCUUGACAUCAUGGGAAAAUCAAAAAGAAUUAGCCAAGACCUCAGGAAAAAGAAAAUGGUAGACCUCCACAAGUCUGGUUCAUCCUUGGGAGCAAUUUCCAAACGCCUGAAGGUACCACGUUCAUCUGUACAAACAAUAGUAUGCAAGUAUAAACACCAUGGGACCACGCAGACGUCAUACCGUUCAGGAAGGAGAUGCGUUCUGUAUCCCUAGAGAUUAACGUACUUUGGUGCGAAAAGUGGAAAUGAAUCCCAGAACAACAGCAAAGGACCUUGUGAAGAUGCUGGAGGAAACAGGUACAAAGGUAUCUAUAUCCACAGUAAAACAAGGCCUAUAUCGACAUAACCUAAAAGGCCGCUCAGCAAGGAAGAAGCCACUGCUCCAAAACUGCCAUUAAAAAAGCCAGACUACGGUUUGCAACUGCACAUGGGGACAAAGAUCGUACUUUUUGGAGAAAUGUCCUCUGGUCUGAUGAAACAAAAAUAUAACUGUUUGGCCAUAAUGACCAUCGUUAUGUUUGGAGGAAAAGGGGGGAAUACUAGCAAGCCGAAGAACACCAUCCCAACCGUGAAGCACGGGGGUGGCAGCAUCAUGCUGUGGGGGUGCUUUGCUGCAGGAAGGACUGGUGCACUUCACAAAAUAGAUGGCAUCAUGAGGAAGGAAAAUUAUGUGGAUAUAUUGAAGCAACAUCUCAAGACAUCAGUCAGGACGUUAAAGCUUAGUCGCAAAUGGGUCUUCCAAAUGGACAAUGACCCCAAGCAUCCUUCCAAAAUUGUGGCAAAAUGGUUUAAGGACAACAAAGUCAAGAUAUUGGAGUGGCCAUCACAAAGCCCUGACCUCAAUCCUAUAGAACAUUUGUGGGCAGAACUGAAAAGGCGUGUGCGAGCAAGGCCUACAAACCAGCUCUGUAAGGAGGAAUGGGCCAAAAUUCACCCAACUUAUUGUGGGAAGCUUGUGGAAGGCUACCCGAAACCUUUGACCCAAGUUAAACAAUUUAAAGGCAAUGCUACCAAAUACUAAUUGAGUGUAUGUAAACUUUUGACCCACUGGGAAUGUGAUGAAAGAAAUAAAAGCUGAAAUAAAUAAUUCUCUCUACUAUUAUUCUGACAUUUCACAUUCUUAAAAUAAAGUGGUGAUCCUAACUGACGUAAGACAGGGAAUUCUUACUAGGAUUAAUGUCAGGAAUUGUGAGAAACUGAGUUUAAAUGUAUUUGGCUAAGGUGUAUGUAAACUUCCGACUUCAACUGUAAACAAAUUUGUGCACACAAUUUGAGAGAUGUUUUUUGUGUGUAUGGAACAUUUUAUGGGAUCUUUUAUUUCAGCUCAUAAAACAUGGGACCAACACUUUACAUGUUGCGUUUAUAUUUUUGUUCAGUGUAUAUUGAAAGCAGGUGCUUCCACACAGGUGUGGUUCCUGAGUUAAUUUAGGGUCAUGUAUAAAGAUGCUAGGCAGGCCAUUAUUUUGGCUACCAUUGCUAUGCCCCCAUAGGAUGAUAAUACCCCCAGUCCACAAGUGACGAGUGGUCACUGAAUUGGUUUGAUGAUCAUGAAAAUUAUGUAAACCAUAUGCCACGGCAAUCUCAGUUAGCAGAUCUCAAUCCAAUUGAACACUUAAGGGAGAUUCUGGAGCGGUGCCUGAGACAGCAUUUUCCACCACCAUCAACAAAACCCCAUAUUAUGGAAUUUCUCGAGGAAGAAGGGAGUUGCAUCCCUCCAAUCGAGUUCCAGACACUUGUAUUCUCAAUGCCAAGGUGCACUGUAGCUGUUCUGGCUGGGUUUGGUGUUUCCUUUAUUUUUUUUUACAUCUCCCCAACAGGAGAAAGAGAACCAGAGUCUGAUUGCAAAGAUAAUCUGUCUUCAGGAUGAGGUACUGUAUUGUAUACCUUUCUCUCUGCAUACAGAACCCCUUUCAGCAAGAUCUAAAUCGAUCUUGGUAAUUUCAUUACUUUAUCAUGUCUUUCAUUGGAGGCAUCUAUAAUGCACCUCAAGUGCUUGUAUGUGGUUGUCAUUCCUUUAAUGAGAGAUUGAUUUGGAGGCUAGUCAUCAGGAUGAUGCUCUCCGACCAAUCAGUGUCAUUGAUCAGUUAAGCGCUUACUAGGGAGAAACAACAACAAAGCAGCAGGGCUAUCUGUUUCCCCUGGGGACUUCUUGUCUGCAGUUUUUCCAUGAUUUUGGACACUGUUUCCCCAACUCUGGUCCUCAAGUACCCCCAAUAGUACACAGUUUUGUUGUAGCCCUCGACAAACACACCUCAUUCAACUCAUUGAGGACUUGAUGAUUAGUUGACAAGUUGAAUCAGGAGUGCUUGUCCAGGGUUACAAUACAAAUGUGUACUGUUGGGGGUACUCGAGGACCAGAGUUGGGAAAUACUGUCCUAGAUCAUGGAAAAACAGCAGACACUGAUUUAGGAAAUGCCAUUCCAUAGCUAUUUACUCUAAUGCACCUUGUCCACUGUUAGGUGACAUGGUAAGGUAAAAUAAGCCAUCUCUUUUGAGUAGAACUAUUAAUCUCGCUCUCCCCCACCACACCUGUGGACUAGAACAUCAAGGUCACCAUGGAGAUGGAUGACCUCCAGAAGAAGAUGAUUGAACUUUGUGACCUAAACGUUGAGCUGCAGGUGGGUCCUCAUAACUGUUGUGUGUCUGCAGUGAAUAUAAGUGAACGAGCUAUUGUACUGUCGAGGGAAUAAGCGAUUCAAGGUAGGCAACUAGGAAGCGGUUUCCUGGACACCGAUUAAGCCUAGUCCUGGACUAGAAAAUCCCUUUCAAUUAAGAUUGUCCAUUUAGAAUGCGUCUUAGUCCAGGACUAGGCUUAAUCUGUUUCUGGUAAACUGGACCUAGAAGUAAAGUAAAGGUUGUGUGAAUGUUUUUUUGCUUUUCAUGGUCUUCUGAAAAGAAGAGUGCAGUGCUAUGGUCCUACAUAACUGGCCUUUAGGAUCAAAGUGAUCCCCACGCCUGCUCCUGAUUGGUCUGUCUGUGUGUUGUGGAUGAGUGCCAGUGGUGUCAUGGUGUAUUGUCUGUUCUGUCGUCCACAGGUCCAAAACCAUUCCUUCGAUGCUGUCAUGAGUGAAAAGGAAUCCUUCAUACUCCAGGUCAGUAUCAUCUGAAUAAAAAAACAAAGCUUUUCUUUAUAGUUAUUUUGUUCGGUAUCUGCUCAGUAAUUAAUAAAGAUGGAUCAUUAUUAUAGCUGUGCUGUCUCCUAUAUUUAAGCAAUAAGGCCUGAGGGGGUGUGGUAUAUAGCCAAUAUACCACGGCUAAGGGCUGUUCUUAAGCACGACGCAACGUGGAGUGCCUGGACACAGCCCUUAGCCGUGGUAUAUUGGCCAUAUAUCACAAACCCCCGAGGAGCCUUAUUGCUAUUAUAAACUAGUUACAAACGUAAUUAGAGCAGUAUCAGAAAUGUUUUGUCGUACCCGUGGUAUACGGUCUGAUAUACCACAGCUGUCAGCCAAUCAGCAUUCAGGGCUCGAACCUCCCAGUUUAUAAUCUCUAUUAUAGCACGGCUGUACAAAGCGAAGGUCACAUUGUAGAUUGGGUCCUUAGAUCAAUAAUAACCCAGGCUUCAGGGCAUGGAAGCUUUUUGAUCUGACAAUUUUUUAUAAAUCUGAAAAUAAAUAAUAUUGCUGUCAUGUUGUCUCCCCUCUACAGAAAUGCAGACAGAUUGAGGAGCUGAAGGCUGCAGUAGUGGAGUACUCGUCAGUCACAGAGGUGAGGAGGCUGUCUGGUAAUCAUUACCCCAAAUCACCCCCUAUCCCCUUAGCCCUUACUCCCAUGCACUAGAUCAUAAAGGAGCGGAUGGGUACAAGCAGCAAUACUGUACCCCACUGCUCUGUACUGCUGACCAGAGAGCUCUGCAAAAGUAUUUAUGUCCAUCUCUCUCAGCAGAGUACUAUGGAUAUGCAGGCAUGUCUGUCUGUCUCUGUCAGCUGCAGUGAAUAUGUAUUAGCUGCAGCAGUAGUGGUGUUAUCUAACCAUGUUUGAUGUCUGUUGUUGUCUCUGACAGCUGUUGAGAGCAGACAAGUCCAAGCUGGAGAGCCAGAUGCACAUGAUGCAGCCAGACAUGGCAGCGUAAGUAUGUAUUAGAGAUGGUGCCUUGACUGUUCUAGUAGCAGGAUUGGGGAAUGCUGUGUAUUCUCUGUUGUUUAACUAUGUCCUUUUGUCUUCGUAGUUUGUUCUGUUUGGUUUGCUCUGCCCUGAAGCGGUCUGUGCUCUGUGGAGUGGGAUGAUGUUAUAUAUUUUUUUUUCAUUCUGUCUCUUUUUUGCAUUUCUCUCUCUCUCAUUGUCUCUCGCUCUCCCUCUUGCAGUGCAGGUCUCUCCCUGUCGGUGGUGUACAGGUUGAACCAGAGCUCUUCAGGGUCCCUGCAGACAGAACUGGCCCUUGCUCAAACACCUCCGGAGGUUAGUUAAGCAAUAAGGCACGAGGGGGUGUGGUAUAUGGCCAAUAUACCACAGCUAAGGGCUGUUCUUAUGCACGACGCAACACUGAGUGCCUGGAUACAGCCCUUAGCCGUGGUAUAUUGGCCAGAUACCACAAACCCGCAAGGUGCCUUAUUGCUAUUAUAAAUUGGUUACCAACGUAAUUAGAGCAGUAAAAAUACAUGUUUUCUCAUACCAAUGGUAUACGGUCUGAUGUACAACGGCUGUCAGCCAAUCAGCAUUCAGGGCUCAAACCACCCAGUUUAUAAUUAAAUAUAUCCCCUAGUUCCAUGUUUGUGUCACAAAUCUGUCACAGUGCAGGGAGCAUAGUGGAGUUGCAUUUUUUCAUUCUGAAGUAGCUGCCUGUGAAUUGAACACCCACUCUCUCUGUUUGAGUACUCUCUCACCUUUCAGGACCCACCCACUGUAUUCACCCAAAACAUCAGCUCCAAAGACCCUAUUAGGCUAUAGUUUACUGACACCAUCAGCCUAUUCGCUUCAGGGUUAAUGACCAAGUCGUGUUGUUUUAUUCCCAGGGUGCUGAGUGUGUGUCGCCGCUGAGCUCUGCGUCUGCUCUAGAUGAGACUCUGGACAGGGAGGUGUUUCUGCUCCUGCAGGGCCCCACACCUGACCAGAUGUCCCUGGAGUUCAAGAGCCUCAUCAACAAACUGGUACUCUAUACAGUAGAUACAGCAGACAUUGUCCCAAUUUAUACACUAGAUACAGCAGUCCUGAUAAUUCACUAGAUAUCUUCAGCCAUUACUGUCCUAAUUAUGCACUCAAUACACUAUGAAGGGACUGGUAUCUAGCCAGCAUAGCAAAUUGAAUUGAUUAAUACUAAAAGUAGUUACAUGGAGAACCUGAAUCACAUUCAUUGUUUUUCUGGUUGUUUUCAGAAGAGAGAUUUUAAGGACGAGGGUCUCUCCAUCUUGUCAACACUCAGAGGACUUAUACAUCACUAUGGAGGACCAGGGGCUAGUAGAGACCCCAGACUGCAGGUGAGGGGCACACACACACACACACACACACACACACACACACAGGCUCUCCUCUCUCGUUCUCUCACUCCUUCUUUCUUUCUCUCUCUCCCCCUCUCAAUCUCUCCCUCUUUUUCUCUUGCUCUCACGCGCUUUCUUGCUCUCUUUUCUCUCACUCACACACUCUCUCCCUCUCUUGUUCUCGCUCACUUUCUCUCACGCUCUCUCUCCCACUGUCAUUCUCUCACUAUUUUUCUCUUGCUUUCUCUCCCUCUUUCUCUCACUCGUUCUCUCUCUCACACACACACACACACACACACACUAGAACCAUUAGAGUGGAUGUAUCAACCCACUAUCUAGCCCAGUUGUGGAGGAGGAUGUUACUGAAUCACUCUGUACCAGAGAACUCUCCAUAUUCUCCUGUGUGUGUAGGUGUUUGUGUGUGUGCGUAGGCAUGCUGGGGGUCAAAUAUGUGUACCAAAGCGGAGGAUGGUGUUUCUCUAGGUUCAGAGAUUCAAGAGAAGAGAGCAAAUACCUUUUAGUUUUCCAUCAUAUUGCUUUUCACUUAUCCUGUUUUUUCAGAUCAGUGCAGAAUGUAGAUACAGGAAAUGAGACAAGGAAAGGAGCAGUUAGGCUAUUGAGAUUCACCCCACUGAGUUCAAUGUGGAGAGUAGGGAGGCGUUUAGCUGAAUAGGACUCUCUCCCGCUCUGCUCGUAGCUUUUAGAGGAUUACAUAAUAUGGCUAUUCUGUCUCCUCUCCAGAGAUCCCUAAUCUACAAUGUUAUAUAACUAUCUCUAGCCCAUCAAUGCCUAAUUAAUACAGCGCGGCUUAGUUAGUGUGCUGUAGCGUAAAUGCAGUCUCUCUCAACACACACAGACACACACUCUAGCUCUCUCUCCCCCUCCCUGCUCUCUCUCGUUCUCUUUGUCACCUCCCUCUUCCCCCCUCUGUUGCUCUCUUUCAUUCCUCCUCUCUCCCUCCCUGUCACUCUAUUCACUCCCUUUCCUCUCGCCCACCUCCUUUCUCGCUCCAAUCUGCAUUUGUCAGACACGUACACAGUAAACAUUCUUCGUGAGUGCAGUAGUGUCACUGACUGUGACUAAGAGAUGGACAAACUUUACUGUAUGUCCAGUACUGCUGGAUAGACUGUCUAUCGGUCUGCCUGAGACCCAGUAGCUCCAGGAAGAGGCUGACUCCCUGCCCUUUCUCCCCCCCAGGCAGUGCAGUCUGAGCUGGAUCAAAGGAGGACAGAGUGGGGCCUCAGCCUGGAGCAGUUGGACCAGUACACCGACUCCUUGGAGAAAGAACUAAUCAAGAUGGCCAGCAACAUAAGGAGGUCCCGCACUGAGAUACUACACCUGUCGGUCAGGUGAGUGGGGGUUGGAAGUGAGGGUCAAGAGGAACUGGUGCUGCUCUUCUCUCACUGGUCAAUUAGGUUUUGCUGGUCUUGUAUAAGAAAGGGUUACAGUGGGGCGGGAGGGACUGUCAUUGUCUAAAGUACUACAGACUCUGACAGGAGGGAUCUGGUCAUAUUUGGCUGCUUCCCUCUGCUCUCCUGAAGUCUCUGUGCUCUGGGUCUGACUGGGUGACCUGUAACCUGUCUAAGUAGUGGUUGGGUCCUGGCCCAGUAUGGCUCUCUGUCUGUAGCUGCCUCACUGCCACGUGGGCCCGUUCCACACUGCCGCCCUGCUCUGGAGGAUAAAGGUGGGAGGGGGGCCGUUAUCAGGCCAGGCUGUGGGAAUGUUGUCUGGGCUAGCCAGCUGUGCACAGGCCCUCUGGACUACUCUGGGACUAGGUGUUAGGAGCUGUCCGAUACUGGGAGUUAGGAGCUCUGGAGAGCCCCUAUCAUCCUAGUACAGGCUGGGCAACGGCAGCAUGGGACACUGCAUGGGCCUGCGGAUUGGGUACAGUAUGUUAUGUUAUGGACCCUUCACUACGCUGUCAAUGGGCUGGGUGAGAGUGAUGAAUCGGUUAAUUUGCUUUGUUGUCACUGGAUGCAUGAUUGACAUGGUUUUGGAAAUAUGUGUGUUAAGUGACCUUGUAUUGUUGACUUUAGGGUAGAUGGGGGGUGUUGCUUUAUGUGUCUGUCUGUGUAAAUAUGUGUAAUUUACGUGGGUCUGUCCAUGUAGGGUUCAGGAGCAGGAGAAUCAGAAGCAGCAGCUGCGUGAGGAGUUGGACCAGCUAAAUACCCCGGGGGACAGCAGGGAGGCCAGCUGCCAGACCCCCGACGAGGACCCACAGGUAGGAGGGAGAGAGAGAUACAAAGAUGGAGGGAGGGAAGAGGCAAAGAGGCUAGCUGUGAAACCCCUGACCCUGAUGAUCCACAGGUAGGACUAAGCGAGAGAUUGGGAGACCUGGGAGAAUGGGGGAAGAACAUGGAACAUAGCAGAGUAUAGGACUCAGAUUCAGAUGGAUAAGAACAUGGAACAUAGCAGAGAAUAGGACUCAGAUUCAGAUUGAUAAGAACAUGGAACAUAGCAGAGAAUAGGACUCAGAUUCAGAUGGAUAAGAACAUGGAACAUAGCAGAGAAUAGGACUCAGAUUCAGAUGGAUAAGAACAUGGAACAUAGCAGAGAAUAGGACUCAGAUUCAGAUGGAUAAGAACAUGGAACAUAGCAGAGAAUAGGACUCAGAUUCAGAUUGAUAAGAACAUGGAACAUAGCAGAGAAUAGGACUCAGAUUCAGAUUGAUAAGAACAUGGAACAUAGCAGAGAAUAGGACUCAGAUUCAGAUGGAUAAGAACAUGGAACAUAGCAGAGAAUAGGACUCCGAUUCAGAUGGAUAAGAACAUGGAACAUAGCAGAGAAUAGGACUCAGAUUCAGAUGGAUAAGAACAUGGAACAUAGCAGAGAAUAGGACUCAGAUUCAGAUUGUGAAUAGGAAAGGCUGUUUAAUAGAGACACUAGAGGAUGGAGUAGGAGUGGGUAGCUGAGUGGACACUUUGCACACUUUCUGAUCAGGAGAAAUAUUCUGUGUUGUUAAUCUCUCUCCUAUUCUGUAAUGCUAUUUUGUAAGUGCCUUGGUCUAUUAUCGCCCAUAGGCACAGAUCUAGGAUCGGUUUACCAUCUCACCAACCUUAACUAUUAGGGAGGAGAAACACAUAACUGAUCUUAGAUCAGAAUUUGGGGAAAAUGUAACUUUUGAUUUGCUGUUAAACUCUGAAAAUUAACAUUAGCACUUUGAACAGGCUCAGUUCUAUUUGUAUAUCUUUAUCAUGUAUUUAAGUAGGGACAAAUGCAAUUAAAACAUUGACACAUUGAAAAAACAAGUGUAACUUUAUCCUACUGUUUGUUUUGCUCCUGGCAUGAUCUAUGAGGUUCUAGUCUAUUCAAUCUGUUUUUUUAUUCAUUAACCUUUUUAGACCGUUUUUCCUGCACUAUCGUGCUUCUACGUGCUCUUUGGUAUCUAGGCAGAGUUACUGAAAAACCUCUGUGACAACUGCUAAUGUGAAAAAUGCUUUAUAAAUAUGAAUUCCCUGAGCAGGUUGUAAUUCAUUUUAUUUACUUUGUCAGGCUGGGGAGGACCUGGACUGGGACGAGGAGUUUGUCCUCCAAGACUUCCUGAAGAACGAGGGGGUGGAGAUGUACAGGGACUUCAAGAGUCAGGAGACAGGACAGACGGACAGGAGGACGGAGGACAGACUGGCGGAGAGAGGGGACCAGCCUGGAGAGGGGGAGGAGGGGGAGGUGGGGGAGAGGUGGACCGUUGUGGGGGGAGAGGGACAGGAGGGGGGACUGAGGGGGAUCUCCCUUCUCUCUCCUCUCUCGGAAAGAAGUGAACCCGACCAGACGGAGGGAGAGGAUCUGAGAGGUGAAUGUGUAGGAUUCCCCAGAUUAGUUAUGAUGAUAUCCUAUUAUAAUACCAUAUUGGGCUGUAUUUUAGUGAGUUUACAGGAGUUCCUGUAAGGUCUCUCUCUAUGGUUCUGGACUACUGAGCCGGGUGAAACACUGGGUAAACCAGGGGUUAGUGAGUCCGUCAGAAGCCUGAGUGGAUUACUCCGGUAAUCCCUGGAGUCACAGAGCACUCAGCCACCCUUGAAGGACCAGGCCCAGACACACACACAGCCCUCUGGGGUUUGUGGCAAGGACAGCCAUAGAUGGCCAGGGUCUCCAGCUAGGGACCUCUUUGUGUGUGUCCUGGUUAAAGGCCCUUAGAGGGCCCAGCCUUCUGUGUGUGUGUGGCUGUUCUCUGGCAAGUCUUCUCGGCCCCAGCCUUCUAUGGCCAGGUGUUAAAGUCAUCCAAACCCAUUGGAAGCGUUCAGUAAUCCCCAGUGGUCUCCCUGCAUCACUGGCUGCCAGAACCCAAAGAAUGUGGUCAUUACUGCCUCUAAACCCACUAACACAGACGGGGAGUUUAAUAGUCUAAUAUUAUGGUCUAAGAUGGUAGUGGGUGGGGCUUAGUUUGACCUUGCCAGUGACCCCAGCUGAAUAUCACGGAGAUGAUUUUCAACUUGAACUAAUUAGCUUUUCUUGUUCCUUCCUGUCUCUCUCCCCCUCCCUUCCUCUACCCCCCUCUCUCCCUCUUCCCCCUUGUCCCUCCCUUUUUCUCUCUCAGAAACCACAGCGUCAACAGACAGUGACCAGAGGGUGAACAGUCUUUCCCCACAGGUAGAUGGCAGUCUUUAAAACCUAUUACUCUGUGUAUGUACUCCUACUGUGUCAGUGUGAUUUAUAGCUAUUAUCUGGAUUAGUUUGCUGGUUAUCCACUCCAGACUUAAAAUACUGAACUAUAUAACCAUACCAAAAAAGCCAGAUAUCUUUGGGGUUGCCCUCAUGUGUUUUGUGAAAGGAACAUUGCUCUGUCACUGUUAAGAUUUGACUGGUGAUGGUUUUUCAUAUAAAAGAAUGGGUGUUCAUUUGAGUAGAACCCCACCUUGGAACAAUGCUUUGAAUGGGGAUAUCCCUUCUAGUAUGUAGAUCUACGUAGUCGUCAGGAGUGCAUGUGACCGUAUGUGACGAUGAUGACAGUUUUAAGAGGCCACUUCUGGUGGGCAGGAAACUGAAAACGGUCAUAGGCCCCGUUCAAAUACUUUGAACAUACAUCCUUCCCUUAUCUCUUCCUUGAAUGAAUCACCUAUCUAUCCUGGUCACUUAGGUGUUGUGUAGCUUUUACCAGUCCAGUCAUCAUGUCUGAUCAGUGAUCACUCCAAGGAAGGAACAGAGGAAGGAUUUUAAGAGUAUUGGAACAGGAGCAGAAGUGUUAACCACACCUCUGAGAAUAGACAACAGGACAUGGACAAAUCUAGCCUGGAACACGCACUCUUUCCUUCCAUCUUCCUCUCUCAUACUUUAUACCUCCCACUUGACAUAACAACUCAUACAGCCUUGUAUUUAUUUGACUACCAAAUUGACUUAUUUGCUCAUGUCAUUAGUUCUAGAUAGACAAAACGGAAUGGCUCAUCUUCUGAAGUCGAGCUUUCUUACUCAAUCGGAUCGAUAGGGAAUGGACAGUGACUCACACUGACACAGAGUUGAUUGUUUUAUAUGCUUUGUUGUUGGAUAAGCAAAGGUGUUGUUGCUUGCCAGUCUGAUUUCGCUACAUCCUUUCACAUGAACUGAAUGGACAGGUGGCUGUUAUGUAUUGAUGCUCAUCUGUUUAUCAUAUUCAUACUCUUAUUAUACUUUUUUUUACAUGGAUAAUUAUCUGUAUGUGUUGUUCCUCAGGGUGUCAAACUCCCAGAAUGCUUUGGGCCUGAGGACGCCCACCAGCCGGCUGUUGACACUGAGGAGCAUCCACUCCCUCCCUGCCACUCUUCUCUAUCGGGUAAGACCAUCUCUCUCUCAUCACUCUCUCUCUCUCUUCCUCCCCUCUGAUCAGUCUUUCUCUCUCUGCACCAUGCCAUCCCUGACUCACUCUAGCCUGCAACUACAGCAAAUGUAGUAUUUCUCUUCAUGCAUUCAGUAUAUUUCAUUAAGUUGGAUGGCCCUCUCCAAUGCUGUUUCACUUAUGAUGACUCCUCACCCUUUUGUCCAGAUGCAAUGAGCCCUGACACCGUAGUGCCCCUUCUUCAAGACACACCUCAGCCUGGCUCACCAGAACACGACAGGACCAUCACUGCUGGGAACAGUCCACCCCUCAGGCUGGCUGAGAUGGUAUCUCCCAGCUGCACUUACCCUGUGAUGGAUGAGACCAUUUUACUGACUGGCAGGUGAGAACUGAGCUCUGUGGCUUUUACUGUACAGUCGUAGUUUCGGUGUAUGUGAGUGCACUGUAGCAUGCUUCUCUUCCUCUCUGAACACAUUUGCCAGUCAAAUUAGUGUUUUCCAAGCCGAGUGAAGAGGGAAGUGUUGGCUGUGUAAUUGGGCCCCUUUAGCGAUACUUUGCAUACCCACGAUGCACCUGUAAUCGGGGCUGGGGCAGUGACAUUGCUCACAUAGGUUGGUGCAGUCAGUGACCCCAGCUGCUUCCUACUAUCUGAGAGAGAUAAGCACCCACCAACAUUUUAUUACUGAGGGAGAGAAUUUAUCAUUUCUCUGGUUGGGCUCCAAGAGACACUGAUACACUGACCUUUCACCUUUCUCUCUGGGUUAGCCCCCAGCAGACAGACUGCAGUGAAGGAGGAAAAGAAGUAGAGGACGACAUCACCUCGACCAAUAUGAAUGACGCACAGGUCAGUACAAUAAACAGGAAGUAUUUUACUGAUGGCACAAUGAUGGGAAAACUAACUUCCUUCAUUGACAGUCACAGCCACUGUGACACAAUCUCUGUCUUGACUUCCCCUUUUCUAUCACUCUCUCUUUCCCUCUCUCCGUCUUUUACUCUCACUCUGUUCAUUCUCUUCCUGGUUGGGCUGAGUGGUGCUGUGUUGUGGAUGGGAUGGAGGGGUAUGGACAGGGGCAUGUCGACUAAGGGCUGUGCCCAGAGAAGAGGGGGUUAGGGUGGAGGAGGACCCAUGGUCCCUCCCACCUAUGUGAGUAUUCUGCUCCAGUUGCUCCAAUGCACUGUACACUUUGUCAUGGGAGGCAAGUAUGGCUUAUUUGGUUCUUAGCUCCAGAUUGUGUACAUAUGAUGUUAUGUCUGUGUAAUAAUGUAGUCUUUAUGUUUACGUGUAAUCCAUUGUGUAGUCUACUGUAAACUUUUCUCUAUCUUUUCUGAGCGGGUUUGUAUGUGGUUAUUUCAUUAUUGUCACAGGGGUUAGCUGUGAGUCUAUCCACAGAGACAGACAUGCUAUUUCUGUUAUUCCAGUCUCCUGCUCUGCGUAGGCACAGUGGGGUGGCACUCCUGUGAGAAAUAUUUCCAGAGGGAGCCAACAGAUUGCUUCUAAUACAGUUAAGAGUGCAAGUUUAAUCUGUCUGUGGUGAGGAUUAGCAAGCAUUUAGAGCUGGAUCUGUCUGUCGGUUUGGUAGACUGGAGAGUAGUGAGAGAGCAGGUAUCGUAGUGGUUAGAGCUUUGGGCCAGUAACCAAAAGGUUGCUAGUUCGAAUCCCUGAGCCAGGUAAAUAAAUCUGUCUGUGCCCUUGAGCAAGGCACUUAACCAUAGUUGCUCAAGGGUUGCUGUUGAUAAUGGCUGACCCUGGCCGUGACCCAGCUCUCUGAGGGUGUCUUGGGGAGCAGUGGCGAUUUUAGCAUGUCAAUCUUGGUGGGGCAAACAAAAACAAAAAAGUGGGAUACAUGCCAGCAAAGCCACUACACAACACUUAACAACACAUGAAUUGCACUAUAACGGUGACAAACGGUGCCCACAAACUGUUAGGGCCUACAUAAAAGCUGUCCCAACAUCCUACCACUGCUACACCUGGCUAUCAGCGGAGCCUUGUCUGGCAGCGAAACAGUUCAUUCAGCCUCAUUUACUGCCUUUUAAAUAAACAUAGCUGAUAUGGCUGACUUGCUUAAACAAAUGUGGUUUCUAAUGACAAUUGAGAUGUACAAACUAUGGCAUAAGGGGACGACAAGCGAUUAAGACAUUAAUGAGCGAGCUAGGAUGGACGUAGUCAAUAAUGAUUUGUUUAGCACUUUUGAAAUGUACAGCGACAGAAUUCGGGUAAAUAGACCAAGUUAUUAGGGUGAGGCACAUGGGCUACUAACAGUUUACUACACAACGUACACUUAGUAUUACUUUCUUAGCUACAGUAUACAGAUCUCCCUGGCAUAUUACAUCAUUUAUGCAACAGCAUACAAUACAUUUUUUGACUCACCUUGUUGUGCUGUGCUCACUUGAACAGGAAGCUGGCGCGGUGGUCCUUCAUGGGCAAAUUUUGUCAUCAAAGUCUGGCAUUCUCUGGAUUUAUGGUGCUUUCAAGACAACUGGGAACUCUGAAAAAAACAAGGUUGAAUCAUGAUGACGUCAUUGAUCUUCAGGUCGUAGCUCUAGAAAGAGGCCAGAGUUCCCGAUUUUACAAUUCCGAGUUGGAUGACUGUUCAAAAUGUAUUUCCCAGUUGGAGCUCGUUUUUUCCCAACUUUCCAGUUGUCUUGAACUCACUGAAGUAAAGUUUUCGCAGUUCCGAGUUAACAGUUGUUUUGAGCACGGCACAAAUCAUGCUGCAUUGACAGCAUGGCCAAUGUUGAAUGUUUAUCAUUUUAAACUUGGAAAAGAGACCCUUAAUCCCAGAUUUGGGACCACACAGCCACUCCACUGAAUAGCAGGCUAGUGAUUGCUUUGCAAUGCUUGCAGUUAGCCACUGUCACUGAUUCCUUUCCAACCACUCAUUGUUGAAGUUGCGAUUUCCAACUUGUUGUGUAAUGUUUAUGUCCAAUGGCCGAUGAGCACGAUACGUUUUAUCUAUAAUUUCUCUUCAUUAUUUCUCUUCAUAUGACAAGGAUUAAAAAGGAUUUGCCAGUAGAUUGUCGACUUGAUUCAUGAUGAUGACUGCUAGCUAAGAUUUUUAAGUAUGAUGUGGACAUGAUCAGUCCAAUCAAAGCUACUGUAGAUCUAACGUGAUUUGAUGUCAUUUUAUCUGUGGCCAAUGACCAUGAGCCUUCUUGGAUGGGCACUUCUAAUGUAACUCUAUGGCAGCACCCAAGGGGCUUGAACUUUCUAGGUCUACCCUUAGACUUGGCGUGACCUAAUGUCCCCAUGAGUGACAGAACACUAAGCUAAUCAUGGCGCAACUAGAGAACAUUACCAACACCUACGCUCCGUAUUUUCCGCUGGCUGCCCCACCACCACAGACAGCACUGAGCUAGGCUGAAACACAUGCAUUUUGGAGCUGCCUUACUCAAGAAAGCAAAAAAGAGACCAUGUUUGUAUGCGGCUUUAUUAACUCAAUUAUUAUAAAAACAUUUUUUACAUUGUUUGCAAACUGAUGUGACACGUAUUAAUGCCAAAAUAACAUGCAAAAAAGGCAAGCCCCCCCCCCCCCCCCCCCCCCCAUUAUUUUGCUAAACAUGUGGGGCUCAAAACAGGAGGGGCUCUGCACCUGCCCUGAAUGAGGGGUCACCACUGUUGGGGAGAAAAAACACAGGACAAAUAAGCACCCACCAAAUAAUAAUUAUUAUUUAUUAUUAUUAUUAUGAUGUAUCUGUUUGUAGACUAGUAAUCAACAGUUUGAAUUUGGUGAGUUUAUAAAACCCAAGUAAACUAUAGGGAUUAACAACGGUAACCGGGAUCCCAGGACUGUCCUGAGACCACUCUUCACAUUUCCCGAAAAUAAAUUAUGACAAGACCCGGGAAUAUACAACAUUUUCCCCCAAUGUCGCACUAAUGCAAUUCCACAAAAUAGCCUACAGAACAGGCGCAGCAGCAGAUUGGCAAUAAAUAAAAUAGCACAUUAUCCAAGCAGGUUGUUUUAUGAAAGCCUUUAACCUAGCAUAUUUACUUAACAAAAAGUCCCUAUAAAUUCAAGGCACACGCAUAGUUGACACUGCCGGACUGCACACAGAAACCCGAAUUCAGUUUAGAAUUCUCAUCAGAGGUUGCAUUAUCAAAGCACGUCACAUGCAGGUCAAAAUACAGCUGUAACAUUACCCCGUUGACCAUAUGAGAGCUUCGGUAGAGAAUGUGUGAUCAACAAAUGGUUUGAGAGUAGAUAUGGACAUUUUUUUUUAACAAUUGGUCCCCAUUUAAGAUAACUUCAUAUUUAAACAAUUUAAUCUCUCUGUUAUUCAUGAGCUGAUCUGCUAUCUGUAUAAUCAUCAACUCGAUUUUUAUGUCAUUCGUUGAGGGUUAUCUAGCAAGCUUAGCAACUUUGGUCACUUGACUUUUGUUUGACUGCUGUUACAAAGUCUGUAUGAUUCGAAAACGCUAUAGCCUACUCAGGGUACGCUCUGUGCAUCCUGAGCGCACUCUGUGUCGAUAUAGUGUAGGCCUAGCGUACUGCUGAAAUGCGCUGAAUUAAUUGAGGAACAUAACGCUCAGAAUUUAUGAACGGCCUGUUUCGCAAUUCACAACAAUGUCAUUGGCGGUUAAAGUUUACUCUAUUAUUACUAAAUAUCAGUUUCACUUGCUGUGAAAUCUUUACAUAGGCUAGUGGCUCCGGCAAUGUGGCACACCGAAAUCUUAUUUUGGGAGAACCCUGGUUUAGUGACCAUAUCUUGGUUUUAAACGCUUGAAAUGGGCACUUCCGAUUUUUGCGGUAUUUCCUGGGACUCUCGGGAUAAAUAUGAAUUAUUCCCGGUAUUGAAACUUGGUUGAACACACUUAAAGAUUUAUAAUCCCUUUAUGACACAUAGUAACAUCAGCGUUGUCAGUCUGGCAGUUAUUCAGUAGCAGGAAAUGAAGACACUGGUGUUAUUGGCCAAAUCUGUUGUUGCAUGAAUAAAUGCAACAGUCUUGGAUUGUCCUGUGUCCUUGCUUCUGAAUAACCGUUUUGUUUAUAAACAUGGGUUGUGUCGAGUUGAAAUGCUACAUAGAUAAUACAUAAAAGGGAUCUAGAUCCAGCUUGUAUCUGUUUUGCAGUGUGAUUUGAGGUUGGUUUUUAUAGUGUCAUUCUCCUCUUGAUUGUUAUGCACAGUUACAUUACUCAACUACCACUCAGCAUAGCUCUGCGCUCGAGUAUCCAGCUUUAUAUAGUCUAGUGCCUUCCGCUCUUACCCAUCUGUAGUGUGUGUGCCGUAUUCCAACGCCCCCACUACUGCCAGUGGAAAUGCCUUGUCCACACUUAUUCUGUCCAACACUUAUACUCACACACACAGCCCCCGACACACACACACACACACACACACACACACACCGCACACAGCUGCAGGGCUCUCCACCAACCAGCACAUUAUGUAAGAAAUGAGCAUUCUCCAUCCCAUCCUUUAAAUUCACUGUACAGAGCGUUGAUAACAUUCUGAUGCCAUGGGACAGGUACGGAAUGCAAUUGUGUGCGUGUCGCUCUUUAUAAUCGUUAACUUCCUCUGACGAGUGGUGCUAAAAGUAUGUUACAAGGCCACCUGCAUUUGUCUCUCACCUCUCUCUCACACAUUUUUCUCUCACCUCUCUCUCUCACAUUUUUCUCUCUCUCUCUUAGAAGCUAACCCAGGACCAGCUGGCUGAGAGAGUGCUAGCAGAGGACAGGUGAGUGUGUGUGUGUGUCUACAUGGUUGUGUCCUAGUUGCAUGAUGGAGGUGGUGUACUUUCCUCUGACAUAUGCUGUCUGUGUGCUGAGAUAUAUUUUCUGUUAGGAGGUUAAUGUUGGCUUUGUUUGGAAUUGUUUAGAACAUUACUCUUGCUUUUGGUUGUGAUGGAGACAUACGGUAGUGAUAAGGGCAAGUUGUGCAAUUGUUUUGGCAUGGUGGAAUUGCUGCAGCGCUCUAUAAUGUGUGUGUGUUCCAGCCUGUUGCCAGUACUAGAGGAGGAGGAGGAGGAGGAGGAGGGCAUACAGGAGUCAGUGGUGCAGGUGCCUACAGUGGAGGGGGACUUGGCAGGUAGGAGGAAAUAGAGGAGCUAUGGCCUCCUGCCAACAUUGUGUCUCUGUGUACGUGAGUGUGUGUGAGAGAAGGAGAAAGUGUGUGUUUGCAUGUGUGUAACACUCCUUUCACUGGCUCUACAGGGACAGUCAGUCUGACAGGGGACGGAGGCUCUCAGACCAUGGAUGGACUGACUGUUACGUCCACUGACCCAUCACAGGGUCCAAGGGAUGCUAUGACCCCUGACCCCUCAGGAGCCAAAAUUGACUCCCUGGUUCUCAGGAGCAAGUUCAAGAAGGAUCUGGUGAGCGGUCUAUUUAAUGAUAUAUGGCCCCCCUGUCUCAAAUGGCACCCUAAUCCCUAGUGCAGAUACAAGGGGUUCUGAUCAAAAGUAGUGCACUAUGUAGGGAAUAAAUCAUUUGAGAUAAGAGCGCUGUGAUGGUGAGAGACCUUAUGACUUAUUGAGAAAAUGUAAUCUUUCCUGCCUUGAGGGAGUGAACAUUCUUUCACUUUAGUCGACUCUGUGCUUAUCUACACAGGGAAGCACUUCAGACUCUAGCAGAAUGGAUGAUAGUCCUACAGUAUACCUAGCUAGAUCUGUAAAUGUUACAUUGGUUACCGGAUAGUCUGUUAGAUCGAUAGAAUCGAGUUGGUGUGUGUGUGUGUGUGUGUCUGAGGUGGAGGAUAGCAGCGAGACCGAGAAGUGUGUGUACAGUGAGGAAGAAGUGUGUGUGUGUGUGUGUGUACGGAGUGUGUAACGUUCACCGCAAUCAUCCAGGAGCUGUCUCACAGUAUGGAUGUCAUCGAGGAAGGAAAGGUACCAGAGGACCUGAGUGAAACCAGUGUUACCACAGAGAAGGACGGUGAGUUAACCCCAGAUACCUCAGCUUAUAAUGUUCCUAAUAUUUUAAUGCUAGUAUAAGUCUAAUUACUGACUGAAGUCAAAAUUAAAUUGUCACUGUGGUCGAUAUAGUUUUUCUAAUCUCUCUCUAUUGUAAAAGAGAGAUCAAUAGCAAGACCAAUGUUUCAAUAUUUUAAAACAUGAACAUCUUUCUCUCUGUGUGUCGAACCAGUUGAAACCUCUGUUGUUUCUGAGGACUCAACCAUAGGGGACAGAAGCAGGUAGGCUACUCAACAUACAGUACAAUACCUCAUAUUUUAGAGAUGCAUUGCUAGAUAAUAUAAAUACUCUCAGGUACUGUGACACUCAUAGCUCUGUUUUCUAGUGACAGAUUCUGUAAUACUCCCUGUUUUCCUCAUUGCAGCCUGUCCCCUAAUGAAAAGGAGAUUGAGGUAGUGGUAAGCGUUCCAACCUUUCUAUUUCUCUUGAUUAUCUCUGUAUGUACCAUAGAGUUAAGGCUGUGUUGUCUAUCUGUCAGACGGAGUUCCAGCGCCUGUCCCUGGGCUUUAAGUGUGACAUGUUCACCCUGGAGAAGAGGCUGAGGCUGGAGGAGAGGUCACGGGACCUGGCAGAGGAGAACGUCCGGAGGGAGGUGUCCGGUUGCCAGGGACUACUACAGGUGAGAGGUUUAAGAGAGAGGCGAGAUGUGUGAGAGGGAGGGACUGGGGAGAAGGGCGGGAGACCGUUAAAACCACAUGUAAAGGGACAGGUUGGAGCGGGGGGGACAGGAGUGAGGUGUCCAAAUGUAGCUGUCAGAACCUGCUAUAGGUGAGAAGGGUAUACAAUUUCCUUUUUACCUUCCUUGUAUCUGCUCUUGCCAGGCCCUGGCUCCUCUGUGUGAGGAUGAUAACCAGUCUAUGGAGAUCAUCCAGAGACUUCAAAAGAACCUGGACAUUCUCAUCCAGUCCAUGACCAGAGUGUCCAGUCGCUCAGAGAUGCUGGGCGCCAUACAUCAGGUACAGUACAAUUUAAUUGCGUGAUUUGUCCCCCUCUCUCCUCCCCUUUGAGGAGAGUCAUAUAGGUAGACUGUAGGUCUGGGUCUGUGUGAUGUCUCUCUCUCCCUGCAGGAGUCUCGUAUAGGGACUGCUAAGGCAGUGGGUGGGUGGGUGUAACCUCUCGCGCUCUCUCCCCCUCCAGGAGUCUCGUGUAGGCAAGGCAGUAGAGAUAAUGAUCCAGCAUGUAGAGAACCUGAGGAGGAUGUACACUAAGGAACAUGCUGAGCUCACUGAGCUGAGAGAAAACAUGCUUCAGAACGAGAGGUCCUUCGGAUCCCACUCUGGAGGAACACACUCAGGUGAGGAACACACAUAUACACACACACACACACCUCUAUCUUAUGUUUCUUUCUAAUACUGAAUAUUUUUCCUUCAGAUGAUUUCAGAGGCAAACCAUCUGGAUCAACGUACUAUAAGGUAGGUCAGUUUAGGCUCAGUGGUGGUCUAAGGCACUGCAUCGCAGUGUUAGCUGUGCCACUAGAGAUUCUGGUUCGAGUCCAGGCUCUGUCGCAGCCGGCCGUGACCGGGAGACCCAUGGGGCGGUGCACAAUUGGCCCAGCGUCGUCCAGGUUAGGGGAGGGUUUGGCCGGCAGGGAUGUUCUUGUCCCAUCGCGCACUAGCGACUCCUGUGGCGGGCCGGGCGCAGUGCACGCUGACACGGUCGCCAGGUGUACAGUGUUUCCUCCGACACAUUGGUGCGGCUGGCUUCUGGGUUAAGCGGGCAUUGUGUCAAGAAGCAGUGCUGCUCGGUUGUGUUGUGUUUUCUCGACCUUCGCCUCUCUGUGUCCGUACGGGAGUUGCAGUGAUGGGACAAGACUGUAACUACCAAUUGGAUACCACAAAAUUGGGGAGAAAAAGGGGUCAAAAUAAAAAAAUAUAUACAGUUUAGGCUCAGUGAAUGAUACUGUACUGCUGUUUUAGUCACUGUAGUAAUCACUAUGUCUGCAUCUGUGCACUGUCUUGUAUUUGAAAAAAGGGUUUCCCUAUUCCUCCUUUCCUCAGGCAUCAGCCCGACGGGUCAGCAUAGCAGCUAUCCCCCGGUCCGGUGGGGGAGGGGGACCCAUGCACUUUGACAUGCCCAAUAAAGCACAGGACACCACAGAGACGGAGGCAGAGAGACUCACUCGCAGAUCUCCCUGGUAGGUAGACUACAGCACUGUGUGUGUGUGGGGGGGAAAUACGGAGUUGUUGAAGAAUAUUUAAACGCAGUCUUGACCCUGCUUUGCAAAACAAACACCAUUCUGAUUUCUGAGGAAGAAAUUUGCAUCUAGGUGUUUGUAAAUUAGGGGCCUUUGUUAAAACAUGACGUGCGGGUUGUGUAGUCUGUGUUAGGUGUCGUGUGGAAUGUGACGUGUGGAUUGUGUAUGUACGUAUGUGGCGUGGUUACAGGUAUGUGACAGGGAAGAGCACGGCGCGUCCUCCUCUAAAGCGCUUUGUUAGCUCCGGGGCUUGGGUUGAGACUGACGAGCCCUCACUCAUGAUGAUGAUGAAGGGGUAAGGCCUGAUGUCUGCUGUGUGUCAGAAGCACACGUGUGUCGCACAUUACCUCAACCUGAAAACAAACAUUUUAAUUUACCCGACCGUGUAAUGUAUGUAUGUAACAAAUCUGUAGUUGAACGUACAGUCAGCAGGAGUACAACCUGCGUACAUAACAAGUGCAUGUGGAACAUUGAUGGCAGAGUAUAUGUGUGUUUGUGUACAUGCCCUGAGCAUGUAUGUAACAUGUGUGUAUUGUGUUAAACAAGUGUGUGUGAGACCUGCAUUAGUGUCGGUAUGUGUGUAUGUGAACCGUGCAUGCCCGUCCCGUCCCACAGGCCUGCUUACGACGCAGACUCCCCUUCAGAGGAGAGGAGGAGGGAGGAGCCUGUUCAGAGGAAGUCCAGUCUCACUGAGCUGGGCAACAAAAUCACCGCCCUGAUUAUGCCCAACAAGACGUUAGUAGUGAACCAACCAACCGUGUUUAGCGAUCAGCUACAGCCAGGCAGCACUGCUUUUCACUGCUGCGUAGCUGGUUAGGCUUACUGUGAGGGGAAAAAAGUAUUUGAUCCCCUGCUGAUUUUGUACGUUUGCCCACUGACAAAGACAUGAUCAGUCUAUAAUUUUAAUGGUAGGUUUAUUUGAACAUUGAGAGACAGAAUAACAACAAAAAAAUCCAGAAAAAACGCAUGUCAAAAUUGUUAUAAAUUGAUUUGCAUUUUAAUGAGGGAAAUAAGUAUUUGACCCUUCUGCAAAACAAUACUUAGUACUUGGUGGCAAAACCCUUGUUGGCAAUCACAGAGGUCAGACGUUUCUUGUAGUUGGCCACCAGGUUUGCACACAUCUCAGGAGGGAUUUUGUCCCACAGAUCUUCAAGUCAUUAAGGUUUCGAGGCUGACGUUUGGCAACUCGAACCUUCAGCUCCCGCCACAGAUUUUCUAUGGGAUUAAAGUCUGGAGACUGGCUAGGCCACUCCAGGACCUUAAUGUGCUUCUUCUUGAGCCACUCCUUUGUUGCCUUGGCCGUGUGUCUUGGGUCAUUGUCAUGCUGGAAUACCCAUCCAUGACCCAUUUUCAAUGCCCUGGCUAAGGGAAAGAGGUUCUCACCCAAGAUUUAACAGUACAUGGCCCCGUCCAUCGUCCCUUUGAUGCGGUGAAGUUGUCCUGUCCCCUUAGCAGAAAAACACCCCCAAAGCAUAAUGUUUCCACCUCCAUGUUUGACGGUGGGGAUGGUGUUCUUGGGAUCAUAUGCAGAAUUCCUCCUCCUCCAAACACAGCGAGUUGAGUUGAUGCCAAAGAGCUCGAUUUUGGUCUCAUCUGACCACAACACUUUCACCCAGUUCUCCUCUGAAUCAUUCAGAUGUUCAUUGGCAAACUUCAGACGGGCAUGUACAGUGGGGAGAACAAGUAACAAAAAUCCAGAAUAUCACAUUGUAUGAUUUUUAAGUAAUUCAUUUGCAUUUUAUUGCAUGACAUAAGUAUUUGAUCACCUACCAACCAGUAAGAAUUCCGUCUCUCACAGACCUGUUAGUUUUUCUUUAAGAAGCCCUCCUGUUCUUGAACUCGUUACCUGUAUAAAAGACACCUGUCCACACACUCAAUCAAACAGACUCCAACCUCUCCACAAUGGCCAAGACCAGAGCGCUGUGUAAGGACAUCAGGGUAAAAAUUGUAGACCUGCACAAGGCUGGGAUGGGCUACAGGACAAUAGGCAAGCAGCUUGGUGAGAAGGCAACAACUGUUGGCGCAAUUAUUAGAAAAUGGAAGAAGUUCAAGAUGACGGUCAAUCACCCUCGAUCUGGGGCUCCAUGCAAGAUCUCACCUCGUGGGGCAUCAAUGAUCAUGAGGAAGGUGAGGGAUCAGCCCAGAACUACACGGCAGGACCUGGUCAAUGACCUGAAGAGAGCUGGGACCACAGUCUCAAAGCAAACCAUUAGUAACACACUACGCCGUCAUGGAUUAAAAUCCUGCAGCGCACGCAAGGUCCCCCUGCUCAAGCCAGCGCAUGUCCAGGCCCAUCUGAAGUUUGCCAAUGACCAUCUGGAUGAUCCAGAGGAGGAAUGGGAGAAGGUCAUGUGGUCUGAUGAGACAAAAAUAGAGCUUUUUGGUCUAAACUCCACUCGCCGUGUUUGGAGGACGAAGAAGGAUGAGUACAACCCCAAGAACACCAUCCCAACCGUGAAGCAUGGAGGUGGAAAAAUCAUUCUUUGGGGAUGCUUUUCUGCAAAGGGGACAGGACGACUGCACCGUAUUGAGGGGAGGAUGGAAGGGGCCAUGUAUCGCGAGAUCUUGGCCAACAACAACCUUCCCUCAGUAAGAGCAUUGAAGAUGGGUCAUGGCUGGGUCUUCCAGCAUGACAACGACCCGAAACACACAGCCAGGGCAACUAAGGAGUGGCUCCGUAAGAAGCAUCUCAAGGUCCUGGAGUGGCCUAGCCAGUCUCCAGACCUGAACCCAAUAGAAAAUCUUUGGAGGGAGCUGAAAGUCUGUAUUGCCCAGCGACAGCCCCGAAACCUGAAGGAUCUGGAGAAGGUCUGUAUGGAGGAGUGGGCCAAAAUCCCUGCUGCAGUGUGUGCAAAUCUGGUCAAGACCUACAGGAAACGUAUGAUCUCUGUAAUUGCAAACAAAGGUUUCUGUACCAAAUAUUAAGUUCUGCUUUUCUGAUGUAUCAAAUACUUAUGUCAUGCAAUCAAAUGCAAAUUAAUUACUUAAAAAUCAUAGUGUGAUUUUCUGGAUUUUUGUUUUAGAUUCCGUCUCUCACAGUUGAAGUGUACCUAUGAUAAAAAUUACAGACCUCUACAUGCUUUGUAAGUAGGAAAACCUGCAAAAUCGGCAGUGUAUCAAAUACUUGUUCUCCCCACUGUAUAUGUGCUUUCUUGAGCAGGGGGACCUUGCUGGCGCUGCAGGAUUUCAGUCCUUCACGGCCUAGUGUGUUACCAAUUGUUUUCUUGGUGACUAUGGUCCCAGCUGCCUUGAGAUCAUUGACAAGAUCCUCCCGUGUAGUUCUGGGCUGAUUCCUCACCGUUCUCAUGAUCAUUGCAACUCAAUGAGGUGAGAUCUUGUAUGGAGCCCCAGGCCGAUGGAGAUUGACAGUUCUUUUGUGUUUCUUUCAUUUGCGAAUAAUCGCACCAACUGUUGUCAUCUUCUCACCAAGCUGCUUGGCGAUGGUCUUGUAGCGCAUUCUAGCCUUGUGUAGGUCUACAAUCUUGUCCCUGACAUCCUUGGAGAGCUCUUUGGUCUUGGCCAUGGUGGAGAGUUUGGAAUCUGAUUGAUUGAUUGCUUCUGUGGACAGGUAUCUUUUAUACAGGUAACAAGCUGAGAUUAGGAGCACUCCCUACUUAUUUCCCUCAUUAAAAAAAAUGCAAAUCUAUUUAUAACAUUUUUGACAUGCGUUUUUCUGGAUUUUUUUUUUUAUUCUGUCUCUCACUGUUCAAAUAAACCUACCAUUAAAAUUAUAGACUGAUAAUUUCUUUGUCAGUGGGCAAACGUACAAAAUCUGCAGGGGAUCAAAUACUUUUUUCCCUCACUGUAGUAGCUUCUCUGCCACUCCUGAUGCUUAUACACUUUUCACACCAUCGUGCCGACCUGAACCAUACUGUACUGUGCUGUCUCAGAUAUGUAUUUUUUUGCCAACUACGGUGGGUGGAUGCGUAACGAGGCCAGAGCAGUACAACGCCGCUUGGCUCAGUAGUGUGAAAAGGCUUCUAGAAGCUGUAGCCUGGAUUCCUGUCUUUUUUCUGAUUUAGCCAUCUGCUUGCCAAAUGUAAAGAAGUUGGUUAAAUCAGAAGUAGAUCUGGCUUCCAGGCUGUGCUGCUUUAGGUCAAGGGAGCAGACUCUGGUCCAGAAUGACUGAGCAAAAAGGCUGGUGUAAACAAUAUACCUGGUCUAGAGCAAACGCUUUGUGAAUCUAGCCCUUGGUCUCUGAGCCCGAGCAGUUUCUGGACUUGUGGUGGGGGAUUCGGUCUCGGUUCAGUGUUUCUGCUUCAAACAAACUCUGUCAGCUCUAAUCUCUUCCAUGCAUUCCCAUCAGGAGAACUGCUGUGAGUGUGUGUGUUUGUGCGUGCCCCCUCUGGAGUGUAUGUGAGACAUGCAUUGCCUCGCCGCUCAACAUGCUGCAGUUCUCUAGUGCUCUAUUUCUAUUUUCUGUGUACCAGGUGUGUGCUACAGAGAACGCUUUGGAGUGGUGGUCAGUACAUGCUGCUAACACCAUCCUAACUUAGCCUAGCAUCGCUACAUCACUGCUUUGGGAAGACGGACAGACAACCAGCUGGCUAAAGCAGACUGACUGUCUCAUUCAGACAUUAGCUUCGCUUUGGCUAACCCAGGCUAAGUUUUACUUGGUGUCCAUUCUAAAUCUUCUCUUUCCUUCUCUCUCCAGUCCCAGCCUGGCAGAGCAGGCCGCAGCAGCCCCGUGUUUGGGCUACUCCUCCCGGCCUGCGUCUGCAGCCAGUGGGUCCCGGGGACUAUGGCUGUGGCUGGCCCUAGUAGUGGUCCUAGCAGGCCUCCUGGCCCUCCUAGCCAGCCUGGUGCUGCAGCCGGCCGUGGACGCAGCGCCCGUGGGGACCGGGGACUCCUGGGUGACCAUCCAGCAGCUCCUGUGGCCCUACACAGGGCUGAGGCACAACGGACAGCCGCCGGUUUAGAGGGGCUGUGGCCCCAACUGACAGAGAGAUGGACAGGCAGGCCUCGGGGUAUGGUCAACCCCUGGACGGUCAUCUUCUGCAACUUGAACCAUCACGUGUGUUAGACUAGUUAGUGUGUGAAGAGAGAGCACUUGAAGACAGAAGCAGUCGGUGUGUUGGUACUGGGGCUACUGAACACUGACCACCACAGCUAAGGGAGAUUUCCUAUUGGUGCCCGGAGACAUUCUACCACGCCAUUACAGAAGGGGGAUUGUAAUGUUAUUGGCCGGUUGUUGGCUGUUGUAUAUGUGGGCACAAUGUUGACCAAUCAAGUCAAGGAGGACACCAGCGUUGGGCUGUCCAAUCAUGAAAUGGACUUCAGCGCAUGCUAUCCAAUGACGUCACACCUUUUGAGCGUUUGUUGGUCCAUCAUCCUAUGGACAUCAACAUGCUUGCUCAUGGACAGUGGAUUUAGCAGUUUUUGCUUUUCAAAACACAUUUCAUAGUAAACUUCUGAAUCUAUUAUGGCGGUUGCCUGAAGAGGCCACCAUUUUAAGAAUUAUUUUGCAUUAAUUUGGUGUUGCAGGUGAAAUCGUUUAAAAAAAAAUUAAAUGUAUGAACCUUGGUAAUACGCUGCCAUUUUUUUAUGUUUAAUUUAUCGUUUGACAGCAUUAGACUGUGUGGGGAUAUGUGAAUAUCUAUUAUAUUGCAUCGGUUUUUGUCAUAACCAGCGUUUGUUACAAACUCACAUAUGGUUUUUACUCUACUUCUUUAAAUGCUCACUUAUGAAAUUCAUACUUUUGUAUGUUCCAAAGAUGGGGAGUGAAACUUUACACAAUAAAGGAA